CCGGGACAGCAGGACAGCGUGGCAAAAUCGGGACUGUAUGCACAGAUCCUAUCUGAUCUUAGCAGCUUAAUGCACAGAAUGGCUUAAUGCCCUAUAUAUAUUGAUAAUGGCCCAGCAUGUUUCUUACCAAAGAUACCCGCCUUACCCUACACGAUGGAAAUGCCAUACCAGUUAUGGGCCUGGGAACGUAUGCCUCUGCUGAGGUACCCAAAAGUGAUGGGACGGAGGCCACCAAGCUCGCAAUAGAUCUGGGCUACCGCCACAUUGACUGUGCCUAUAUCUAUGGCAAUGAGGUCCAAAUUGGUGAGGCCAUUCGCUCAAAGAUUGCCGACGGCACGGUGAAGAGAGAGGAGAUAUUCUACACUGGGAAGCUUUGGUGCUCAUUCUUCUCUCCGAAUUUGGUGCGUCAGGGACUGGAGGCAUCGCUGAAGGCUCUGCAACUGGAUUACCUGGACCUGUUUAUAAUGCACUGGCCAUUCUCAGUAAAGCCCUCAGAUGCCCACAGCAACCAACCCUUAGACUUUGAUGAUGUGGACUUUUGUUUGACUUGGGAGGCACUAGAGGGGUGCAAAGACGCAGGACUGGUGAAGUCCAUCGGGGUGUCCAACUUCAAUCGUAGGCAACUGGAGCGGCUCCUCAGCAAACCAGGGCUGAAAUAUAAACCUGUCUGCAACCAGGUGGAAUACCAUGUGUAUCUGAAUCAGAGCAAACUCCAUGAAUAUUGCAAAUGCCACAAUAUCGUUCUGGUGGCCUACAGUGUCCUGGGAACCGCCAGAGACAAUACUUGGGUGGAUCCAAACUCCCCGGUCCUGUUGGAAGACCCAGUGCUCAGGAGUGUGGCUGCGAAAUACAAUAGAUCUCCUGCCGAGGUGGCCAUGCGCUUCAUCCUCCAGAAAGGAGCCGUUGUAUUGGCCAAAAGCUUUAACCCCACUCGCCUGAAGCAGAACCUGGGGGUAUUUGAGUUUGAGCUGAAGCCUGAAGAUAUGGAAAUGCUUGAUGGACUCAAUAGGAACCUGCGCUAUGCACAGUUUACAGUAAUGAAGCAGCACCCAGAAUAUCCGUUUCAUGAUGAGUAUUGAGGAGGAGGAGGAGGAGGAGGGACCUGACCUUGAGUCUUGAAGCCAAAUGAAUUUCAUGUCUCUGCUGUUACAUAACAUUAUAGUGACUGAGUCCUUGCAGGACUCUUUAGGAAGACCUUAUAUCAAGGCAAAGUUCUUCUUAUCCUUUGAGUUACACCUUACGGCUGAAGGUUCAUACACAUUAAGCUUCUCCCAUGUGUUUGCCUUGAGCAGACUCAAUAAACAAAGCUUUUCCCAA